AUGUCAGGAUUCUCCGAGUCGCCAGCGUUGGACGAGUUUCAGCAAAACGGCACUUCUUUACCUACAAAUAUGCCAGACGACACGCCUAUGGCUCUUUUGGAGCAGCUUGUUUACGUAGACAACUUCAUGCAAAACGGUGACCAAAACGAUCUCUCGGAGGAACCUAACAUCGACGACCAACUCAGCGUGGAGCUUGCAGCGUUUGCAGACGACUCGUUUAUAUUUCCCGACGAAGAGAAGCCAAAGUUGAAAAUGGAAUACUCGAACAGCAACAGUGACCAACAUGAUAACUAUGGCAGCCCCGACCGCGGACAAGGUGCUAUUCCGUCGACCAUCUCGGAGCUUUUACAACGUCCAUACCAACAACUCAACCCAGCACAUCUAGUUCAGCAAGAUCAACAAAGACUGAACUUGGGCCCAGACUCACAACUUCCUCGGGUUUCGAUUCCUCGCGGAGCCCAGCACACGCUCUCUGCGGCCGGACUAUCCCAGACCCAGAUCGAAGCUCUUGCCUCGCUUAUAGCUUACCACAAACCCGACGCUUUACAACAAGAUACCUCGAGCUCGGAGUCCAGUUUGGUGGCUCCAAGCAGUACACAAGUGAGUACAUUCGAGCCUGUUGAACAAGUGAAUGUGACUCACAUGAAUACCGUUUCUUCUACGGUGUCACCGGAUGUGUCAUUCCUCGGAGAGCCUAAAGAAUAUGUGGAGACAGAUAAAAGAAGACGCAACACGGCGGCUUCUGCGAGAUUCCGCAUCAAGAAGAAGCUCAAGGAACAGGAGAUGGAGAGGAACCUGAAAGAGCUGACGGAUUUGUCGAAAAACCUCGAGCUCAAGAUCCAACAGCUCGAGAUGGAAAAUCGACUUCUACGGAAUUUGGUGGUGGAAAAAGGAAGCCAGCGUGACAGCGAAGAACUCGAACGAUUACGGAAAAAGGCUAAGAUCAGUGUCGACAUGGAAGGGUUCCCAAAACCUUGA